CUGAUUUUGACAAGCGUCCAAUCGGAGCGAUGGCCGCUGUCACAUGACUCUGAGUGAGCUCUUCCUACGGUGCAGCAAAACAGACUGACGAAUUCAGGAACGGAGAAUCGUUGAUUGUGGUGCGUGUGGAAGAAGCACUCCCUGAGUUAUGGCCUCGGCAUCCAUACCAGCAUACAACUCCAUCCCACUGGAGAACAGCUCCAGCCAGAACGCAUCCAGUGAGAGUCUGAAGAUGGAGCCGCUGGCUGAUGUUGCCCUAUUGCCAGGGGAGGAGAGAGUGAUCGACAAAGACAUCAUUUACAUCUGCCCUUUCAAUGGCGCACUGAAAGGCAAAGUCUUCAUCACAAACUUCAGACUCUACUUCAAGAGUGACGGGGACCAUGUAGUGGUCCUGGACGUCCCACUGGGGGCAAUCAGUCGGGUGGAGAAAAUGGGCGGGGCCUCCAGUCGAGGGGAGAACUCGUAUGGUCUGGACAUCACCUGCAAGGAUAUGAGGAACCUGAGGUUUGCUCUGAAGCAGGAGGGUCACAGUAGAAGAGACAUCUUUGAGAUACUCUUCAGAUAUGCCUUUCCUCUCUCCCACGGCCUGCCGCUGUUUGCAUACCUCAGUCAGGAGAAAUUUGAUGAGAACGGCUGGCACGUUUACAAACCCAUGGAGGAGUACCGGAGGCAGGGCCUUCCCACUGACAAGUGGCGAAUCUCUUUCAUCAACGAGGACUACAAACUGUGCGACACGUACCCCACCAUCCUGGUGGUGCCGUUCAAGGCCACGGAGGAUGACCUGCAGAAGGUGGCCACCUUCCGAUCCCGCUGCCGCAUUCCAGUGCUGUCGUGGAUCAACAAGGAGAACCAGGCAGUGAUUGUGCGCUGCAGCCAGCCCCUGGUGGGCAUGAGCGGCAAGCGCAACAAGGAUGACGAGCGCUACCUGGAGAUGAUCCGCGAGGCCAACGGCACCACCAAGCUCACCAUCUUUGACGCCCGGCCCAACGUCAAUGCCGUCGCAAACAAGGCGACAGGUGGGGGCUACGAGGGGGACGAUGCCUAUCAGAACGCGGAGCUGGUCUUCCUGGACAUCCAUAACAUCCAUGUCAUGCGCGAGUCCCUCAAGAAGCUCAAGGACAUCGUCUACCCCAACGUGGAGGAGGCCCACUGGCUCUCUAGCCUGGAGUCCACCCAUUGGCUGGAACACAUCAAGUUGGUGCUGUCGGGGGCCAUCCAGGUGGCCGAUAAGGUGUCCUCGGGCAACUCGGUGGUGGUGCACUGCAGCGACGGCUGGGAUCGCACGGCCCAGCUCACCUCCCUGGCCAUGCUGAUGCUGGACAGCCACUACCGCACCCUCAGGGGCUUCCAGGUGCUGCUGGAGAAGGAGUGGAUUGGCUUCGGACACAAGUUCGCCUCGAGAAUUGGCCAUGGGGACAAAAACCAUGCAGACCAGGACCGGUCGCCCAUCUUUUUGCAAUUUAUCGACUGCGUCUGGCAGAUGACCAAACAGUUCCCCACAGCGUUUGAGUUCAAUGAGCGUCUCCUGAUGGUCAUCCUGGAUCACCUGUACAGCUGCCGCUUUGGCACCUUCCUCUACAACUGCGAGAAUGUCCGUGACAACAACUUGUUGCGAACAAAGACUGUGUCCCUGUGGUCCCUGGUCAACAGCGACACGUCGUCCUUCAUCAACCCCUUCUACACAGAGGAGUCAAGCCGUGUGCUCUACCCUGUGGCCAGCAUGCGCCACCUAGAGCUCUGGGUGACUUACUACAUCCGGUGGAACCCUCGCAUUAGACAGCAGCAGCAGAGUCCAGUGGAACAGCGCUACAGGGAGCUGCUGGCCCUGCGCGACCAGUACCUGAAGAAGCUCCAGGAGCUGCAGCUGUCCGACUCCUCCCCCUCCACCCACCUGUCCAACAGCUCCACGCCCUCGGCCGCCUCCCCCACGCAGCACAUCACACGCCUCCAGACGCCCUUCUGAUCCCCCCCCCCAGCCACCACCACCACCACCACCACUGCCACACACACACUCUCACACACACACACUCACACACACUCUCUAACAUUCACACGCAUGGUCACAGGACAUUUUGUAAAUAAGGAUGGUGAUAACCGUGGCCACAGAAAUAGUAAUAAUGUCCGUUAUUAGAAGUAAUAAUCACAAUUAUGCAAUACAGUCACAGUACAGCCUUUUAUCAGACUCUGCAUACAGGCUAGGGUGAUGCCUUAAUGAGGAAAUGAGGACUUUUGGGAUUUGUGCACGCCUGCCUGAGGACCUGUGCAGGGAUGUACAAAAAAAAAGGAAAAACAAAAACAGGUAGAAAACAAGUAAACAAUGGCUCGUCUCAAAAUGACCACCCUCCCUCCUAAGCUGGUUUUACCAUUGGGCAUUUUGUUGAACUGUCUUCUGCCAACACAGAGAUGUGUCUGUAGAGGGUGCUGUUGUGUUAGUAUUGUCAUGCCAUAAGGUUAUGUUGUCUAAGUAUGUGUAUGUGCCCCUGUGCUCAUAGCAUACCUGCUGGAAUCAAAGCAAGGAAUGGUAGUUUGGUUUCUAAAUGCUUUCUGCAUAAAGGUGUCUCUUAUCACAGCCAUUAAUAACCAACUGUAAGUCGCUUUGAACAAAAGCGUCUGCUAAAUACAAUAACCAUUACUGAGGGUUCUAAUGCUUUUUCUUGAGUACUGUGAUACUGUUGGGACACAGUGAUGCUUGAUUGGUCUCAUAGUCUUGAAUUAAUUAUUUAAGAUUUUUGCAUGAGAAAUUAAGUCCCAUCAGAUACAUUGUGAUAUUGCGUUUGGAUUCACAAUUCUACCAUGUACUGACAGUCAUGCAGGGGUAAAUUUAGGGUGGUGUUUGUCGAACUCUUGUGUAUUGUGGAGGUCCUGGAAUUUCGAGAAGUCUGGUGGCUUUGACGUGUUCAGCCUUGACAGAGCCAUUGUCUUGUUUUCUGCCUUGGUUUGUAAAACAUGGCUUUACGUGUCCCCUAGUGUCCAUUUCGUGGGUUUGGUCUGUCCUGAUAGUUCUCGGAUUCUGUAAACCCCUGGUUGUGGAUGCACUGUUCCAAAAAACUAAUUACCACGAUCCGCAGCUCUAAGAAAAAACUGACGUAACAUUUUGAGGCCCCACUUUCUAAUCAGGGGUGUAGAGUAGAGUUCACAUGAAGGUCAAAUUUGAACAUGAAGCUGGAAGGUAUGGAUGUAGGAGUUGGGAAUAAGUUCUUAAUUUUUUGCUACACACCUCUCACUUUCGAGAUGUGAUGAGGCUUCAGAUUGGGAGGGCAGAGGUCUCUGUUGAAGAUCCUUUGGGAUGCGCUUAUGUCGUUGUUGUUGUUAUUAUUAUUAGAAUUGUUAUUAUAAUUGAGCAGAAGCAGGGUUGGUCAGGGUCUACUACUGCUUGCAAGUCCAGUUCUGUGCCUUUUCUUGUACCUGAGGUCUAUCUACCCCAGGAGGACAUUUUGUAUCAAUACAUUGUCUCUUUAAUUUUCUGUGGGCAGCAAUCAGUGGCAGGGAAGGACGUCUUCCAUUGGCUGUGGGUGUUUUGACUGGCAGGUGGAACUGAGUGAUGUUAGGUCAGAUGGUGUACGCCAAAAAAAAAAAAAAAAAAGCCCAGCUCUUGGUCCAGCUGGACCAAUGACAAUGGCCGCUUCCCUCUCAAAUGAGUGUGGUUUGCCGAAGAUGCCUCCUGACUCAUUCCACAGGAAGAGCUAGGGGUCAUCACCUGCUUGUGGGAGGAAUGGGUACAUAAGUACUCCAGUGCCCUGCUGGCCCCAGAGCUGAUGCUGACGUGUUGGCAGAAGCCGCUCUGAGUACAGGUGGAGGACGGCUGUAGCUUAUCUCAGAAAGGACACACACACUCAGAGAAAAGGGGGAGGGCCUUGAAGACCCUAUUUCGGAGGUUCCCACAGUACAUGCAAAGCCAUAUUUGUAACUUUGAAGAGUUCUUUGAGUUGUAAGAAGUCUUGAAGGUUCUAGAUAGUGCUUUUGAAAGUUGUUCAUAGAAGAUAGAGUUCUUCUAUGAGGAGGAACCUUAAGGAUUUCGGGUGUCUCUUUAUUUUUUUUUUCUAUGAGUGUGUGAGUGGUAAUGAGAUGGCAUACCUACUCUCAGAUCUUUGCUUAAGAGACUUCUCCCUGGAGCUAUUGAAAAUGCUGCCCAGGAAAAGCUAAACUUUCUAAGACUUUAGCCUCAAUGAGGAGAUGCAGUCUAAAAACCAUAGCAUGUGUGAGAAUGAAUUAAAAAAAACUCACACAAACACAAAAACGAAACACAAACAACACAAGAACAUUUUUGAAGUUGGUUGUGUUUUUAGGGGAAAAGGAAAAAAAGAAAAAUCUAUUUUGUUUAUUUUUUACUUUGUACAAGUACAAUAACUGUGUAAUUACCUCAACAAAGCCUAUUUUACUGUUGAAAGCUCUAUUGUUGUAAAAUAUAAUUAUUUUAUUUAGUGUAAAAUUUGACAGUUUUAUAAAAAGGAAAGUAAUAAGAAAAAAAUGUUUGGUUGGUUGAACCGAUGGUAAUUUGUGGAUUUCUGCUUCCCAUAUAUAAUUAUUAUUUUCUUUUUUUUCUGUCUUGUUUACUUAAUGGGCAUUUUUUAUUUGUGUGCUAACAUUGAUGGAGGCUGUGGGCCUUGGUCCACCGGUCAUAUUAGAUAUGACUGUUGUAGCAAAUAUGCAUCUUUUCCCCCACCUCGCUGCAUGGGUUUCAGUAUGGGGGAGAUUUGCACUUGUAUCACUUUACUCCUACAUGGUUUCUCCCUCUCUCUCGCUUUCAUUUUGAUCCUUUUUGUACCUUUUAAUGUAGACAACAUAGUUUAAAGGGAUUUACUUUUUUGUUUGUCAUUUACUCUGCAUCAUAUACUCUCCACAGUUUGUUGGCUGGCUCUUGUUUUGUAAAUAAUGCUGAUUAAAUUAAUUUAAAGAUUUCACAACUU